GGAAUUGCUUUGUUAUUGCCAUUUGAAUUUCCAGAGCAAAUUUAUAGUAAUCUUAAACAUUUUAUAUGUUUUCUGAUUAAUUUAUUUUUAUUGUGUAGUGGUAAUUCAGUGCAUUUAACGAUGUAAAUCAAGGUUGUUCCUUAUUAUUGCUUAUUUUUUCACAAAUACAAUCAAAACUGAAAAAACUCAUCUUACUUGAUAAUCAAAAGUGAACAAUAAUAUUCUUAUAAGAAAGUUUCAUCGAAUUUAAACCAUUAAAUGAGCUCGUUGAGUGGAAAGACGAUUGUGGUUACAGGUGUUGGACAAGGCAUUGGCAGAGAUAUCGCCACCACACUUAUCAGCCUUAAUGCAAGAGUAAUUGGAAUUUCAAGGUCAUCAGCUCCGUUAAACGAUCUAAAAGCAGAGCUGAAUUCACCAUACUUUACAGCAAUCCAAUUGGAUCUUUCUGAUUGGACAAAUACUCGAGAGACAUUGCAGGCAUUGGACAUUAAGAUUGAUGGGAUUGUCAACAAUGCUGGAGUGGCUGUUAUCAAGCCAUUUGACAAGCUUACUGAGGAUGAUUAUGACAAUACAAUGAAUGUGAACCUUAAAGCUUGCUUCAAUGUCAUUCAGUCGUUGCUGCCAAAAAUUACAAAUGGAUCAAGCAUCGUUAAUUUGUCAUCAGUUGCCAGCCUUAAAGCAUUGACCGAUCACACAGCUUAUUGCAUGUCGAAAGCCGGCCUUGAUGCACUUACAAGAAAUUUGGCACUGGAACUAGGUCCACGAAAGAUUCGAGUCAACUCUGUGAAUCCAACUGUCAUUUUGACUAGAAUGGGAAAAGAAAAUUGGAGUGAUCCUAAAAAAGCUGGUCCACUACUAUCAAGAAUUCCACUAAAUAGAUUUGGUGAAGUUAAAGAAGUUGUUGAUCCUGUAAUUUGGUUAUUGAGCGAUGAGUCGAGCUAUGUUAAUGGACAUUGCUUGCCCAUUGAAGGUGGAUUAAUGAGUGCAUAACUUGUUUUUUUGAACCUGGAACUGGAUUUUCAGUGGGUUUUUGUGAAAAAAUAAGUAAUAAAAUGAGUAAACUUAG